AAAAGUUCCUUCAUUCAUUUUAGUUGGAAUUUUUUGGAAAAUUGUCCGGCGAUCUUUUUUGUAUCCUACAAAAGUUCUAAUAAUUCCCAUAUUGUUAUCGGUAGUUUAUUACAAUUCCCAUAUUUGCGGAAAAAUUAUUUUCGCGUUUAAACAAAACACAUCGACCAGUUUAGUCCUGUUAGAACGGUUCAGCUUACAUGUUGAUUGAUGCCGUGGCCGUUCAUGUUUUGUUAAUUUAUUAUUGUCAUUAACGGGGCAUUCGCGAUUCGCGUAUAUUAUUUUAGUGGAAUAUUUUUGCAGAAUGGAUGCCAAAGUUAAGGCUGAAAAAGGACGCAAUGGGGAAGGUAGUGGUGAUGGGGAGCCAAAAAAUAAUCUUCACCAAGGCCCGCCGCCUCAAACGCCGCUCAACAAGACGAAACUCACUGCCGGAGCAAUACAGGGUCCUCUUAUCAAGAAGGAUAAGCGCCAUUCCAGUUCCAGGUUCAACAUUACCAAAAACAGAGAGCUGGAAAUGCUUCCGACUUUGAAAGAAGCCGGCGGGGCAUCAGAACGUGAAGAAUUGUUUAUACAGAAACUGAGACAGUGCUGCGUCCUGUUUGAUUUCGCGUCAGACCCCUUGUCCGAUUUGAAAUGGAAAGAAAUAAAACGUACAACCUUGACAGAAAUGGUGGAGUUUGUGACACAAAACAAAGGCAUUAUUACCGAGAAUGUUUACCCAGAGGCUGUUCAUAUGUUUGCUGUAAACCUGUUCAGAACCCUUCCGCCCUCCUCGAAUCCUAACGGAGCUGAAUUCGAUCCUGAAGAAGACGAACCGACAUUAGAGGCGGCCUGGCCUCAUUUGCAGUUGGUCUACGAACUGUUCCUCAGAGUCCUUGAAGCUCCCGAUUUUCAAGCGAACAUAGCCAAACGUUACAUUGACCAAAAGUUCGUGUUACAACUCUUAGAUCUUUUCGAUUCGGAAGAUCCCAGGGAGAGAGAUCUUUUAAAGACAACGUUACAUAGGAUAUAUGGAAAAUUUUUAGGAUUAAGAGCGUUUAUUAGGAAACAAAUUAACAAUGUAUUUUAUAGGUUUAUAUAUGAAACUGAGCACCACAACGGUAUAGCAGAACUACUAGAAAUUCUCGGUUCGAUUAUCAAUGGUUUUGCAUUACCUCUCAAAGAAGAACACAAAGUUUUUCUUUUGCGAGUGCUGAUGCCCUUGCAUAAAGUAAAAUCUUUGUCAGUGUACCAUCCGCAGUUGGCCUAUUGCGUAGUGCAAUUUUUAGAAAAGGACCCUUCGCUCACCCAACCGGUGAUUAGAAGUUUGCUAAAGUACUGGCCGAAAACUCACAGUCCCAAAGAAGUGAUGUUUUUGAACGAGCUCGAAGAAAUUUUAGAUGUCAUUGAACCUGCAGAGUUUCAAAAGAUUAUGGUUCCCCUUUUCCGACAACUCGCGAAAUGUGUCAGUUCGCCGCAUUUUCAAGUAGCGGAAAGGGCUCUCUACUAUUGGAAUAACGAGUACGUUAUGUCGCUGGUAGCCGAGAACGCCACUGAAAUAUUACCGUUGAUGUUUCCUAGUUUAUACAAAAACUCCAAGAGUCACUGGAACAAAACCAUUCACGGUCUAAUUUAUAAUGCUUUGAAACUUUUCAUGGAGAUGAAUCAAAAGUUGUUCGACGAGUGCACUCAACAGUCCAAGCAAGAACGUCAAAGGGAGAAAGAGAAGCAAAAUCAAAGACAAGAAUUAUGGGAAAGAGUAAACAAUUUGGCCAAAAGUAGUGCCGAUUAUGAACUUAUUUACAAACAACACGCAAACGAAUUUAACAAUGUGAUAACCAGUCCUGAAGGUGAAGACGAAGUUAACUUAGAAAAUUUAGAAACUGAAGCGCUAGAGGUAAAAAAAAGCCGCAACAACACCAAACCCCUUGUCCGUCGCAAAUCCGAACUGCCCCAGGACCAAUACACCGUCAAAGCCCUGAGCGAUCAUAAAAGGGCCGACGAGUACCUUCCUACGCCACCUGACGUCAACAAAUGCUAGUCGUGUCUUUAUUUUAGCAAGCUUAGUGCCAAUUAUAUUCAUCGAUUAUUUAUAUUAUGAUAGUAUAGUGUCGUCGGAUGGUGCUGGUUCGAGAAUUUUGGUGCUCGAAUUUGAUAUAAUGAUAGUGCCUAAGAAUUAUAAUCAAACAUAAAGAUUCGACAAUUUUUAAUAUUUUUUUUUUCCAAGUGUGAGGCAUUGAAAUUCUCACAGCUUAUAAUAUGAUGAGUUUAUUAUUCUAAGUUGCAAAUUUUUUUUUUUUUUUGAUUUAUUAUUUUCUUAUUGGUUUAUUGUUUAAUACUGUACACUAUACUUAUAAAGGACUAGUGGCUGUUAAAUAAAGUAGGGAAAAGGGUUUAACUUAUUUUUAUUCAAUUAAUUGGAACAAGUACAAACUGUUAGGUUCAUGUUUUUCUGAAAUCCCUAUACAUUAAGGAUAAAAUGAAGCAGUAAAUUAACAAAACAAGCGAGCCUUAAUUUUUUUCCUCUUAAAUUAAACCAGCCAUUUGGCCCCUGAUUUUUAACUAGAAGCAGCUUUCAUUUUUUGUCUUUCUACAUCUGCUCGUCAAAGAUUGGGGCCCUGUAAAUGUAGAGUAACUAUUACUAUUUUUGCUUCAAUAAUGAAGUUUUUUAUUGCUUGUCUUUUAGUUGUUAAUUAUUUGUGAUUCGACAUUAUCCAAAAUAAUCAAUAAAAUGGUGAGAUUAGGUGUAAAGGUUGAAAUCUCUUUUAAUCAAUACCUACAUAUUACUCAAAAAAAUAAAAAAAAUACAGUGAAAUCUCUCUAAGGCGGACAAGAUAUUGAAUAAUACAACAGAAUUUAAUAAAAAAUCAAGAGAAAAUUAGUAUUUUUUUGUCAUGGCUCUUGAAUCUAUUUUAUUUGAUUGUUAAAAUUUGGUUGGUCCUCUAUAAAUAUUAGAUUGCUUUGUUCAAAUACCAUUAUUGAGGGUGUCCGUUAUGAGAGUUUUGACUGUAGAUAGAUGUAAAUAUGGGCUUAAUUCUAAAUAUAGUUUAUUGUUAAAAAUUUGUAUAUUUUCUCAAGAAAUUCUCUUGUAAAGCGUAAAAAUGUUCUAACAAAAAGAAAGGAAACAUCAGUUGAGCUACUAACUGUUGAUUUAUCAAAUAGUUAUUGGCUCGAUCCACUUAGUUUUUAUUUAUUAUUAUUAUUAUUAUUAUUAUUAUCAUAAAAUUAGUUUUGUGUAUUAUAACAAUAAAAUAUCAAUAGAGUAUUCAAUAUGAUGGCCAAUAGAUUUUUUCAUAUAUUUUUAUGAGUAAAAAAUGUGCACUAAAAAUGUACAGUAAAUAAUUGAAUAUUGUUAGGAGACUUAGUAGGAUCGCUUUAAAUGUAUCUGUGAAACACUAACAGAACAAAAUACCUAGGUCUAAUUUUUUGCAGUUUUUUUUUUUUUUUGAUUACCUACCAUCGUUCAUACAUAAUUCAAUAAUUAGUUUUUAGGAACAUUUAUAUUAAGAAAUACUUAUAAUUUGUGUGGCGAGAUUUAAAAAAAAAAUCUGUAUAGUAUUGUUAAGGAGUUGAUAUUGUAUUAGACAGUAUUUUUUUAAUGUACAGCUUUGCUUUAUGACGAUGAUGAAUAUCUAU